AUGAAUGCUUCAUGCUACUACGACGAGCUGCGUAAAACAGUCAGCGAAUUUGCUGGAAGCGAUUGUUUUCAGCAAGGGCUGCUACGCUAUCGCUCGUCUGUGCUCUGUAAAUUGCUGACAUUCAUUGCUCAUUUCUGUGAUUUUUCAUCGGUUUGGCUGAUUGUUCUGGUGGGCUUUGAAAGGCUGGUACUUCUUUAUCGAUCAUCGUAA